AUGAAUAAUCUUGAUUUUGUAUAAUAAGUUGGAUUGCCAGCCAUUAAAUUACUUGAAUUAUUGAAGGAUCUUUUGGAAGAAUUGAACUAUUUAAAUGAUGAUGAACUUCUUCUCUAAAAAAAUUAAAAAGUCAAUAUUGAGGAUCCAUUUAAUUUUUUAGAUCUCAAAAGCUGUACGUUAGAAUAAGAAUAUUCAAAUGAGCUUUUCUAUCCUGUUAUUAUUUAAGAAAAAGGAAAAAAAACAAAAAAAAAUAAUUAUAUUUUUGAGAAUAAUUAAAAGCAAUAUUAGUGUGGAAAUUGCAAAAAAACAUUUGAAAAAUACCGCUCUUUGGGUGGUCAUAUUUAAAAAAGACAUAAAAAAGAUUUAAACUAAUAAUCUCUGGCUUGUAGUUUCUAACUUAGAAAAAGAUUAUAAAAAUGAG